UUAAUAAUAUCAUUAGCCUGGUAGAUAUGGAUGACGUACCAGAUUUAAUACGUAUCCUUCAGCACAACCCUGGUGCAGGUGGUGAAUUUGAAAAUGCCUAUAUACGUCGAAGGAGGCGAAGAAACAAUCUCGGGAGAGAUCAUAAUCUGAUGCCAGGUCCUGUACCGGAAGUACCACCGAGGGAACGAGUACGACGCGGAAGACGGAUCGCAGCACCUCGUCCUAGAAACCGGGCUGCAAUCAUGAAUGAAAAUCAAGCUGAUGGAGCAAUAGAAAACCCUGAACCAAUGGCACAUAUUCCACGUCGGAGAGGAAGACCACAUCUUGUUCGUGCUGUUAAUGAAAAUCAUGAUCUGCCAAUAGCUGAUGUUAACGUUGGACAGGGGCUGAAUGAGGCACUCGGACAAGGUCAAAUAGACGAACCGGAACUCCUUCCUGUUGAAGAUGUAAAUGACGAUCAACUAAUAGCUGAUGUUAACGUGAGGCAGGGGCUGAAUGAGGCACCUGAACACGUAGAUGAACCGAUACGUCUCCCUAUUAACGAUUUAAAUCAUCAUCAAGUAAGUGAAUUGAAUCAGAUGUGAGUUAGCCAUUUAAGCAACACAUAUAUAAAGGACAUAAAUAAAUAUUUACAUAUAAUCUUAUUAAUAUAAAUAUCACAUGUUUUUUAUGAAAACAAGCUUUACACAUGUUCUACAACAUAAAAACCAUUGAAACACUACGGAUGAUGGAGAAAUCACAGCCUUUGUCAACAUAAAAAGCGCUAUAUACACGUAAUGACUUGUUCAAGUUUGAUUACAGUAUACACCAACGCCAAAACAUACUUUAUCUAGCUUAUUCAGCGCAACAAUUCUCGCUGCCGAAUUCUAUGAGUUUUUGUAUCACAUUUUCUCACUUAAUUUAUAAUAAUAUGCAUGUUGAUUAUAUUAGUAUAUGCCUCUUCAAUUCAUAUGAUACACAUUAACUU